UUCGGCUCGGUUCGGUUCAGUUCGGAGUAGUAGAUAGUUGGUGGUUUUUUAUAUGGCGGAGGUUGAUCUGGUUACGCAUAAUUCAACGGCUGGCUCAAAUUUUGUAAAUACAGUGUUUUCGUCCUAGAAAGUUAGCAUCAAACUCCCGAAGUGAAUUAAAAUCCGAUAUCGCAUCGUGCUACUAGACCACACAUGGGACUUACACUACGGUGAGCUGUGAUAUCGCUGCAUAAAUCCGCUAUACUUGACGGGACUAUUGUGAUCUUUAAAUUAGAAUUAGUCAACAAAUUGGUUACGUCGAUAGGAUAUAGAAGAAAAUGGAGACGGCACAAGUCGAGCAGGCUCCUCCGCACACCAACGGAAUAUCGGACAUCGAAGACGACGAACGGGCGAAAAUGCGACCGGUCGACAUCGACGCCGACGUGCGGGAAAUGGAGCGCCGGAAGCGCGUCGAGAUGAUCAUGAACAGCAAACUGUUCCGCGAGGAACUCGAGAGAAUCAUCGAAUCGCAAUUGAAAGACGGCUCCGGCCCCAGCGGUCUCUUGCAACAAAUCUCCGAUAUGGUGGGCGUGAAUCGGCAGGGCGGCAACGUCUUCAAGAGCUCGAGCUGUGUUAUACCCGUAAAUGAUAUUAGAGGGAUCGAAGCGAUGGGUUAUGCUAAGGGCGAAAAAAUUCUAAGGUGCAAACUCGCCUGUUUGUAUAGAUUAAUCGAUCUGUACGGUUGGGCUUAUGGUUCGACUACGUUAAUUACUGCCAGAUUGAAUCAAGACGACGAACAGUUCUUGGUUAACCCGUACGGUAUGCUUUUCCACGAAGUCACCGCUUCGAGUUUGAUCAAAGUGGACAUGCAGGGUGGCGUCAUAGAACAAGGCACGACGAAUUUUUCGGUUAACAUCACGGCGUUUUCUCUACACGCCGCCGUGCAUUCGGCUCGUCCCGAUAUCAAAUGCAUCGUACACGUUCACACGCCCGCCGUCAUCGCCAUUUCCUCGCUCAAACAAGGACUCAUGCCGUUGAGUCAGGAAUCGGCCGUCGUCGGCGACAUCAGCGCUCAUCUCUACUCGGGCGGCCACUUGAACGCCGAAGAACGCGACAAGCUGGCCCGUAACUUGGGACCCAUCAAUAAAGUCCUCCUGCUUACCAAUCAGGGCGCGCUGUGUUGCGGGGAGACCAUCGAAGAAGCCUUUUACAACGCCAGGAAUAUCGUUUUGGCGUCGGAAAUCCAACUCAAACUCAUGCCGUUGGGCGUCGAUAAUUUAGUGUUGAUUAGCGACGAAGCGCGAAAGACGAUGUACGAUCAGGCCCAUAAGGCGCCGGAGAGCACGCCCCGGCCCGAUCAGCCCUCCGUGCUGGAAGGAAAGGUGGAGAGAAAGUGGCGCGUCGGCGGCGUGGAAUUCGAAGCGCUGAUGAGGAUGUUGGACAACGCCGGUUUCAGGACCGGCUACAUCUACAGGCAUCCGUUGGUGAAAGGCGAGCCGCCGAGACCGAAGAACGACGUGGAAGUGCCGCCGGCCGUAUCGUCUUUGGGUUAUUUGCUGGAGGAGGAAGAGCUGUACAGACAAGGGCUCUGGAGGAAAUUGGAGGGCGGUAAGAAAGGAAGCGAUCGCAGUCGGUGGUUGAAUUCGCCUAAUACCUAUCAGAAGGUGGAGAUUUUGGAAACCGGUACUUCGGAUCCCAAGAAAAUUACUAAGUGGGUAGCAGAGGGAUCGCCUAAUCAUUCGUCGAGUACCCCGGUUAAAAUCGACGCCGCCCUUCAGUUCGUACCCAAAGGAACCAACCCGAAGGAAUUUAAACAGAAACAACAACAGAUCAAAGACUACAGACGAGCGGAUAAGAUAUCCGCCGGGCCUCAAUCGCACAUACUCGAAGGCGUUACGUGGGAGGAAGCGAAGAAAAUGCAAGAUGCUACCGUGACCCAGACCGGCGAUCACGUGGUGCUGAUGGGAGCCGCCUCGAAGGGCAUCAUUCAACGAGGUCACCAGCACAACGCCACUGUAUACAAAUCGCCGUACGCCAAAAAUCCCUUCGACAGCGUCACCGACGAGGAGAUCAACGAAUACAAAAAGGUCGUGGAGAAGAAAACUAAAGGCGAAUACGAUACCGAUUAUAGCGAAUCGGAAGGACUUUCAUCGGCAGCUAUCAAUAAAAUGAACAUUAGAUCGCCGACUUCUGUAACCAGCGAAACCGAGGAGGAAAGCCAUGACGAACCACAAAUUUUAAGGAUAGAAACGAAAACGGUACCUAGAGCUAGUCAACCAGAAGUCGUAAUGAGCGAUGGCGACAAGCACCGAAAUCGUCAGCCGUAUAGAACUAAUAGUCACGCGGGUCAUCUGAAAGGUUCAUAUUUAGAUCCGAAUCCCGUUCAUUUUCACGUCGUUAGAAAUAACGAGAUCGCCAUUAAGCAUCCCGCAUUUGACCGGAGCGCGCGCUUUUGCCCGAACCGAUCCUACUCGACCGGACCGUUUAGAAUAAACAUUCACAACGCGAAAUCCAUAUCGGUGAACAUACCGACUAGUACGAUAAAAGAAUUCAUCCUACCUUUCGCAACGGCUUUAAAUUUCUCGAGCGCCACCAGCAACAAGGAGUCUCAGACAAGCUAUCGAAUCGGCCACGCUCCCCUGUACAUACAACGUCGCGGCGUGAAUUUGAGCCGAUCGAAUUCGUUCGAAAGGAAGAUCCUCGACCAGCUCAAGCAGAAUAUAUUCGACGAGCUGUCGUCGAGUUCGGAGUCGGAAACGUUCGAGAUAAUAUCGAGCGAUUACGACGACGACAUCGCGCAUUUCGAUGAGAGUUUUCAUCUGAAGAGGAACGAAGGACGCUUCGAACUCACUCCGGAUAUUUUAGCUAUGCUUCCGAGCAACGGUUCGAACAGUUCGACGGAAGCCGAGGAUGAUGAUGAUGAUGAACGAGCCGAUUUGGUUAAAGGAUUCGUGGGUAAAUUGCGGGAGUUUACCGACGCCAAUUUCGAAAUUUUACACGAAGCUAAGGAUAUAUUAGGGAAAAUACCGGACGCUUUGUCUAAAAGUUUAGACGAAGGUAUCGAAGAUUGUGCAACGCUCGUAGAAGACGAAACUGUCGGUAUCAUCGACGAUAACGCCAAGCAACUGGCCGAUUUAAUCUUAGAUUAUCUAUCGGAGCAAUGUUUGGAAGUUAGGGAAAUCAUCCUGUGUCCUGAAAUACUGCACGACCAAAAUUUGGGCAAACUCCUGGCGAAAUCGAAGGAGUUGUACGAAAAGCACUUCGAGCACUCGCUCACCGCCGAAGGCAAGAACGAUUUGAGAGUAUCGCUGGCCAAGUACGUGCUAAAGAAGCUGGAAACGCACGAUAAAAUCAACACCUCAGACGAUUCGACAAGUUCCGGCACGGUCUCCGAUAAAUUAUUCACCGUAUCCGAAUUUUUAAACGACAUUCUCGACAAACUGUUCGACACGCUGGACGAUAAAAAGCGAGCGGAACGGAAUAAAACGUUCGAAGUGACUUCGUUCCACCAGAAAACCCUAACCGAAUGCGGCUCUGAGUUGUUCUGGAUAUCCGUAACGAAUUCGCCGAAUUGUAAAAAACCCGUUAGCAUAAACGAGUGCGAAUCUACCGAUUGUCGCCUAUCGACCGCCGCGGAAGAGGCCUCUAACUUGUCUGGUAAUGCAGACGAAAAAACGGAGAGUUUAAGCGUGUCUUGCACCUCGGAGGGAUCCGAAGGUAGUUCCAGUUUGUUCGAUAACGAUAUUAAUUAUCUCGCCGAAGAUUCCGUCGAGGACGUUCAAGCGAAUACUCUAUCGGACGCGACCGGCGUGUUCCUGAAUAAACUAUCUGGUUCGAAGGAGGUUAUUAUGAAGAACCAAGUGAAUUUUUUUCGUACGCAAAACUCGGAUUCGUACGGGUUCAAGUCGGAAAACGUGGCCGUUUUGACGGCCGAUCGCGAGAAUAAAGAGAACGAAAGGUUGGAUGAUUCCGGCGAUUGGAUGGGCGAGAACACAGUGAAUGGUGACCAAUCGGACGCUCACAUGAGCACACUCUCUCAAAGCAGUAAAGAGGAUCACUCGAUAUCUGAGGAGUCGCCGAAGAAGGACAAGAAAAAGAAAAAGGGCCUGAGAACGCCGUCGUUCCUCAAGAAGAAGAAAGAGAAGAAAAUCCGCGAGGCUUAGAAAACCCUUCCGAACAUAAAUAAAAAUAAAAAAAAUCACCAUGCCUCCUUCGAGACUGCCAGCAAUUGAAAUUAGUUUAGAUGUCCCAGGUGCGGCUAAGACUUUUGCACUACCUGUGAAAUUUUAAACUGCCUUUUUUUGUCAUCAAAUACUAUAACAAUACAAUUAGCUUUAACUGUACAGUAUGAUUCGAAGAAAUGUUUUAUCAAUAUUUAAUUAUUAACCUUCAAAGUGCGACGUUCUAGUGGUUUUUAGAUUCUACAUGUAAACGAGACGUGUUUUAUGAAAAAUUAAGGAUUUAAGUAAAAGUGUACAGCUAACAUCACUUUCGAAACGUUUCCUUUGUUAUGUUUACUUUAUUAUAUAUACAUACAAGAAAAAUGCUAUAUUGUGUAAAUUUUCUAGCUUUAUUUUUUCGACUAUUUGUUUUGUUAUUAACACGUAUUCAGAAAUGUGAAAGUUUAUUAUUACAUAUAUUAUAAUUUUAAGUUUCUAUUACUAUUUUUAACGCUUUAGGAAACUUUUGGAGAUUGUCUUCUAUUUGCUUACGAGAGGUAACUACAACCAACCCGUUCAUCAAAUUAUACCACAUAAUAUAUUUUUAGGAAUAUCGGUGCAAUUUUGAAUAAUUAUAAAUUAUUUAUUUUUUAUACUUGAUUGUAAUCCCUCGAGUUGUUUUUCCAAUUUUUCAUCAAGCUAUUCAAAUUUAAUGAUUUUAUUGGGAAAACAACGUUGGAUCUAUAUACUAAUGUUCUUUAGUUUAGAAGAUACCAUCCAUAAAUUAAUAAUAUAGCUAGGAAAAUAUAUUUGAUUGUAUAUAAACGAUUAGGUACCUUCUCGACUGGCUUAUUUAAACUUCUGUUGCACAAACUGCUGUUUUUAUAUUAUAGAGUUUUUGUCGCAAUAUUUGAUAAAUAAAUAGCUUAUCUUGAUAA